CCCAGAGUACCUAUCUUGUCCCUUGCCGAGCAACUGCACCUGUUGAUCGACCGACAUCUGAGAAAUUUUCCAGUCUAAAAGCUGGGAAAUCGGUGGAAACCGGUAUUUUUUUCGCGCUGUGGUGUUAAAAAAAUUACAAAAAUAUCUACCUACGGCUGGAGAAGUAAUGGCAGCAUGAAGGGAAGGCACUUGAAGCGGAGGUUCAGCCUGCAGCCGUCUUCCUUCAUGAGGGAUAUCCCUGAGACCAAUCACCACAGAAAUUUAAGACCUGAGAGCCAUGGUGAGACGAAGGAAGACGAUGCGGGUCACGCGAGUGCCUCUCCCGGAGGGUCCAAGCACAAAAUCGUAGUACUGGGAGGUGCCAAAGUUGGCAAAUCGUCCAUAAUAGCCCAAUUCCUCUACGGUACUUUCUCAACCAAGUACAAAAGGACGGUCGAAGAGAUGCACCGGGAAGAGUUCAACGUCGGCGGUGUGCGGCUCACUCUGGAGAUCCUGGACACGGCCGGCUCCCUCGAAUUUCCAGCCAUGAGGGCACUUUCUAUCACUUCCGGAGACGCUUUCAUCCUCGUCUAUUCGGCCAACGACACGAAAUCUUUCGAAGAGGCGAGGAUCAUCAGGGACCAGAUACUCGAGAUCAAAGGCGAUGCCGAUGUCCCAAUAGUCGUCGUCUGCAACAAGAUAGACCUUCUCGAAAACCAGUACAAUGAGGACUCAAUCAAAACACACGAAUCAAUCGUGACUGUCGACUGGGAGAACGGUUUUGUUGAGACUUCGGCCAAAGACAACAUCAACGUUUCUCAGGUGUUCAAGGAGCUUCUGGCCCAGGCGAAAGUAAAGUAUAACCUCAGCCCUGCACUUAGAAGGAGGCGGAGACAGUCUCUGCCACCGCAGCAGGGCCAGGCGACGACACCUGUCCACCCGGCCAUACCGUCUCCUGCCCAGCUCGCACAUCUCAACAGCAUCAGGGAGAGGCACGCGGGCAGUAAACGCAACUCCUGCUCCAUCUCAUAAACAAAUGGGUUAAACAUAACAAAUAAAUAUAAUCAUAGUUGGACGUCUGUUUUCUAUAUUCUUUCUAUAAUUUGGCUCUUGGGCACAGGCACUCUCUUCGAAUUGGGUAACAAAUCUUCAAUGGGUUAAACUCUAUCAAAACGAUAUACGAGUAUUAAUGUUAAUAAGUUGAAAAGUGGACCAGGAAGUUUUGAAAAAGUAAAGUAAAUUUUCCACUUUUAAAAUGAAAAUAAGAUAUAACAGUUGUCCAAUAAUAACUAACGUUUAAUAAGCGACUAUUACUAUUCUUUAAGUGUUGUGAAUUCCCUGGCUCGUAAUACGAUAAUAACUUUUUCUUAAAAAUGUAUUCACUCAGUAUUAACCGGUAUUUUUUUAUUAAAUCAGUUUUUCAUAUUUAAGUCGACAAAUUAUGGCAUACGAUCAAGAGUUAGGUUCGCCAUAAAAUUUUAUUAUCGUCUUCCCCUUGGAUUUAAGAUUUAAGUCAAUUAUUGUUGAUACCAACGUUUUGGUGAUUUUGCAGAAUCUUAUUCUUCGUUGGGAUUAUUAUUUUGUGGAUGUGAAUUGAAGUAUAUUUAUGCAAUACGUGUGCGUCUAAAAGUAAACAAAAGUGUGAAAAUAAUCCUUAUUAUCUAUCAUUGCCUUCAUAACCAAAACACCACUUUGUCCAGAUUUUAAUUUUAAAUAUCUAGGGUCAUUCAGUCCAAAUUGUUUGUUGUAGACGUAUAAGAGAAUAUUUAUCUAUUAUCAUAGGCAUUCAGAAAAACUAGCGAGUCUAAUAUCAGACAUGAUGCGUGUGAUCUUUCUGGUUUCUGUAGUAUGUCGUUAAACUGUGUUUCUUAUAAUUGCCGCUAUGACCCUCAAAAUUACAUUUUAAAUUCCAACUUAAAUAAAACUAAAUUUUAAUGAGUAAAGAAUAAUACACAAUACUGUUAGGGCAUAGGUUUUCUUCUAUGUCGCAUAAUUGGGCAAAACCAAUUUUUUUUUUUUUUUUUACCCAACUUUAAUAAAUAAAAAUAACUUUUACACAUAGAACAUGAAAGUAAAUACUUAAAUAAAUAAAAUACAAAACAACCCAUGAAAAUGUGAAAAUAUUGAAAAUAAUCUCUAUCGAUUUCUUGAAAUAAUACAGUCAAAAUGUUUCUCAGAAUUAAUACAAAAAUUCAAAAUUUCUGUUAUCGAUCAAUUUUUACUUGUCACUUAUCAGUGCAAAUUCAUCAAACAUAUAAUCAAAUGUUUGAAUAUUCAAUUGAAUCUAUGAUCGAUUGAUCCUUAAACUUGAUGCGCUGUCGUAAAGUCAAGCAGAUCGAUCACAAAAUAAUUAAAAUACACAAUAAAAAUUAUAUUUAAUUCAAAAAAGACACAUUGAGAUUCUAACAGCAUCUCUCUAAAUAAAGCGAGGUAAAUAUAGAAAAUUCAAAAAAACACUAGGAAUGGCUGUAACUUUUAAAACAAGUUUUUCUUUUUAAAUAGUUUGUACCCUUAUUGUAUGGUUUCUAAUUACAAAUUAAGUUUAAAAGUGGGAUGGGAUUUUCAUUACCAUGAGUAAUUGUAAUUGUGAGCAUUGAGUCAUCGGUUUAGCAAGCGCUAUACUUUUGAAUGAAUGACCAGUCCGGUAAGUGUUCUUAUAAGAGAUUUUUAAAAUUCUUAAAUCUAUAAAAUGCUUAAAUGUAAUAUUAUUUUCUUAAUAAGCUCGUUAUAGAUUGCUAUAUUUCUAAAAAAAAAGUUCUGUAUGUUUUUGUUUAUAAGUUAUUUCACACUCAUUUUGGCACAAUUAAUGCAAAAUUGUGUACAGUGUUUUAAAACGUUGGAUAAUGUUUUCAUUUGUUUUUGAUAAAAGUUUGUUUCAGUCCUAAGAAAAUAUUUUCUUCUUUGUUUUAAAUUUAAAAAAUGGUAUUUUUCUAUAUCUUUGAUUAAUUGUGAACAAUGCAGAAGUUCCUUUUUUUUCGAUUUUGACACCAGUGGUGGUUUUUGUUUGACAUAUUCUUUUUACUAUAUAGACUCAU